CUUCUUUGUUUUCAUGCAAGAUUAUAGAUCUAUCUCCUAGAUAUCUACAUUUAUCUUCUAUAGUGUUUAUGUUUUCAUCCGUCAUCUUUUUCUCAAAAGCCAAAAAGUCUGAAAACUUUUGUAUCUCUAAAUUCAGGUCUUUUGGGAGCAAUCUCAAUGCUUGUAAUGUGGUUGCAAAAUGGGAUGUGCACCGUGCUUGGCUUGUUGUUGCUGACUGCUGGGAGUGCCGGAGUGGCGAUAGCCGAUGUGACGAUCGAUGCUUGUGUUGCACAAAAUAGCAUAAAUCACCCUUCAUUGGCUGCUGAUAUGCAAAGCUUGUGUGGGUUUAGUUCAUCUAUUGGAGGUCUUAUUGGGUUCUCCAUAAGUGGCCUACUUAUGCAUGCCAUCGGUUCUAAGGGGGUUCUUGGCUUGUUGAGCAUCCCAGCUACAUUGGUAUUGUCAGUUGGAAUGGUGCUGAAAGAACUACAUGAGCCUAAUUUUCCAUAUAGACAAAUUUAUCAGAAGCUACUGCAAGCAAAUCGCACCAUGUGGGCGACAUUAAAAUGUUCUGAAGUUUGGAGGCCAUGUGUCUUCAUGUUUACAUCACUUGCUCUGAACCUAAACAUCCAAGAAGGAAUGUUCUAUUGGUACACAGAUACAGAAUCUGGCCCAUCCUUCUCUCAGGGAACUAUUAGCUUCAUCUAUUCCAUCGGCUCGGUGGGCUCAUUGCUUGGUGUCUUGCUCUACCAAAACUUUCUGAAGGAUUAUUCCUUCCGUGGGUUGCUCUUUUGGAGCCAAUUACUUUCAAGCUUCACAGGAAUACUGGAUUUAAUCCUGGUACUACGUCUGAACUUGAGGUUUGGCAUGCCGGACCACCUAUUCGUUGUGGUUGAUGAGAGUGUUUCUCAGAUGAUUGGGCGCAUCAAAUGGAUGCCUCUCCUUGUGCUCAGUUCCAAGCUAUGUCCCUGUGGAAUUGAAGGCACCUUCUUUGCAUUGCUCAUGUCGAUCGAUCAUGCCGGUAUGCUCGCAUCAUCAUGGGGUGGAGGCUUGCUCCUUCAAGUCUUAAAGGUUUCUCGAUCAGAAUUUAGCAAUCUCUGGGUUGCCAUAUUGAUCCGUAGCUUGUUAAGAGUGGUGCCACUUGCUUUGUUGUAUCUGGUGCCUAAAAGCAAUCAACAUUCUAUCAUUCUUCCUGUCGACGUCUUCAUGAAAAAUGAGGUCCCAGAAGCUCUUGAAGCAGGAGGUGAUGAUGUGGACCGGCCCUCACUUCAUGAAGAUACCUAG